AUGCGCGACCCUCAAUGUUUCAUGUUCUCUUGGGAACUUGAUGAAAGAUUGCCUUUAUGCCGCCGUUUUGCUCAAGGUGGAUUAGAAAAUUGCCAGUUGAAUUCUACAAAGUCGCUCAUUUAUCGCUCAGGAUGGCUAGAGAAUUUUAAUGCCACACUUGGAACUCUAAUAACUGUUGAAGAGGUUGAAGAUGCACUUUUGUUGGGAUUUCAGAAUGGAACAAUUCAAAGAGUUGUUGCAAAUAUUGCUACUAUAGUGGAAGGGCAGAAACAAUAUCAAGCCACUACUCUUUGGAAUAUUACUUUAGAAAAUAACCAAUUUAGUCACCUUGGAAUGAUUUUGGAUGGAAAUAAUCAUUUGAUUUUUGCAAAUAAAAAUAAAGUCCGAAAAAUGAAUUUAAGUUGCCCUACAAUGUAUCCUCAAUGUGAGGAUAUUGCUUGGAAUGAUCCUCUCAAUUGUAUUUGGUGUGCUUUCCCAAAUGAAACUGGAUUAACCAUAGCAAAAGAACAGAUGUUGGAGAUGUGUCAAUCUAUCGGCGGGUUUGCACUUGAUACUUGUCCACCAUUAGUUAAUGAGGUAACCAGAGAAGAGAGUGGAACAUUAACUAUUUGGGGAAAACGACUGAACACAAUGAAAAAUCUCAAUAUUUCUUUUUGCCGAAAACCAUGCACAAUUGAUAAACAACUACCUGACACAAUACGCUGUAAAAUGAAUUUGCCGUUUGGUCAUUGUAAAACACUCUCACUUGAAGGCAUAUUUGGCUCUGCAAAUAAUUUUACAAUUAUCCAUGAUCUAAGUAAACAACACAAUCAAAUUAGCGAUGGAAAGAUUCACCCAAGUUAUGUUAUGCGUGCAAUUUUAGUCAUUUUAGCUGUUGUGCUUAUUUCUAUUGCUUUGGUUGUUAUAUAUUGCAGUCUUUAUCCAAAAUAUGCAAAGAGAUUAAUCGACUUGGCCUUCUUUCGGAGUGCCAAUAACAGAGGUAAGAUAAAUAAAGAUAAAGUUAUUCCUGUCCUCUAUAGUUUAUCGGGAGUAUAA